GCAAAAGUGUAUUUAUUGCUAUAAGCAAAAGUGUAUUUUUUGCUACUGUUGCACACAGAGAACUCUAGUUGAGAAUCAGUUUUGACUGCAAGAUAGCGUAAUAUUUGUUAUUACCACAAGAUGGCACUACAGUAUUUGGUGACACUUGUUUAACCACUUGGAGCUCAACAGGUUAUUCAUUUUAAUUGUUUCUAUCACAGAAGAGACACUCUGGUACCAGAUUCACAGAAUAUAGAUGUCUGUCCUUGCAAUGUGUGAAUCACCCUCAGGCACAGUAUUUUCUGUUCUCUUGCACCAAGAGGAGUGACUAGAUUUCCUAUAGCACAUUAACCUGGUAAUAUAAAUGUUUUGUCUUUCACUUUUCAGAAUUGGCAUUUAUAAGCCUGCUGCUGUCUCCAUCACUUCACCUUUAUCUGGCCUUAGAAACAAACAAUUUUAGGAGUUACAAAGGAUAGAAAUAUUAAGUAAUUACCAAAAAUAGGCUUAGUAGCAUGAUUGCCUUGAUUCACGUUUGAAUAGCUUGGUGAGUACCCUAUUAGUUAGUUGUUAAAGGCAUUGCUCAUCUAGCUUACUUACAUAAAAGCAAACAAAAUUAUGUUACUACUAUAUUAUGUCGUUGGUAUAAUCAUAUACAAAAUAGUAUAUGACAUUAUACAAUACAGUAUACAAUAGAUACUAUUAUAGUAGUAUAGUAUAACAUUUACAAUAUACCAUAUUGUAUGUAUUAUGUAGUAUGUUAUAUAAUAAUUGCACAGAAUUUUAAUAUACAGUAUAAACUGCAUAUAAUAAGUAUAAUUAUGUAUGUUAUACCUGUAAUGCUGUGUUCUAUAGGUACCACUCUUUUGGCUCCCUCUCCUAUACCCUCUUAUGUCCUAAAAUGCCCAUCUCUUAAAGUCUGAAUCCUAUAUACCUGUACACUGCUUGGGUCAGGGACAAUUUCUACUGUAUGUUUGUACAGCCCAAUGGUGGCCUGAGCACUUAUGGAGGUCUCUACAUUCUGUUGUCAUACGAACAAUAAAUAAUAACAACAAAUCAAAGAUUAACUCUUGAGUGGAUACCUAGAAUGCUGUGCAAUUAAUUUGAAUACUCUUCACCUGGGUCACCAUGGAAAAAGCCAAAGUACAGUUUACUGGAGUUUAGCAUUUAAAUAAAUACUAGAAAGAUUCCAAUUAUGCCAAUUGGCCUCUCGUUUAAACCUCUAUUUUAAUUAUUGAACAGCUCUGAAAAUUAAAUAACUGAACUUUAAGACUACUCAGUAACUAAACAACAGAUUGUCCUCACAACACACACUUGCUCCCUACAUUUCUUCACAUAGAGUAGUCGCGUUGAAGUGAAAGAUGCCUGGAAACAUCAUUGUACAGUGAAGCUAUGAAUUAGAAUGAACCGCUGGAUUAUAUUGCUGGCUAUUGUAGUCAACACACAGGAAACACGAAAACAGGACGUCUGUUCCCAAGGGCAUCCUGGAAUCCCUGGGAACCCUGGACACAAUGGUGUACCUGGACGUGAUGGGCGAGAUGGAUCAAAGGGAGACAAAGGAGACACAGGUGAAGUAGGACUUCCUGGGUUCCCAGGGAAGGAUGGCACAAAUGGAGAAAAAGGAGAACGAGGAACUGAUGGCAGAGUUGAAGAGAAGGGGAACAAAGGAGAUAAAGGAGAGAGAGGAAGACCUGGAAAACUGGGACCAAAGGGAAUUGUAGGACCUGUGGGUGACAAAGGUCAAAAAGGAGAAAUAGGGCUGCAGGGACAAAAGGGGAUAAAAGGUGAAAUUGGUCCCAUGGGUUCAAAAGGGAUGAAGGGUGAAAUUGGGAAUCCAGGUGAAAUUGGUCUGCCAGGCCCUGUUGGUCCUAUUGGUAAUCCAGGUCCUGAAGGAACUGUUGGAGGUCCAGGACCAAAGGGGAAUCCAGGAGUUCAGGGGGAAAAGGGCUGGAAAGGUGAUAGAGGAGAUAAAGGAAACACAGGUGACACCCCAGUGGUACCAAGAAGUGCUUUCAGUGUAGGCCUUACAGCUGAAACUAAGUUUCCUCCAGUCAAUCGUCCAAUCAAGUUUGAUAAAGUGUUGUAUAAUGGUCUAAACCAUUAUGAUCCUGCUACUGGAAAAUUCACCUGCAAUGUUUCUGGGGUUUAUUAUUUUACCUACCACAUUACUGUUUACUCAAGGAAUGUAAGAGUAGCUCUAGUUAAAAAUGGGAUCAAGAUGCUGCACACGGUGGACAAAUAUCAGGGUGCUGAGGAUCAGGCUUCAGGAGGUGCUAUCCUGGAACUGCAAGUGGGAGAUCAAGUAUGGUUGCAGGCCCAUGGAGGAGAGGUUUUUAAUGGAUUGUUAGCAGACCAGGAUGACGAUACAACUUUUACUGGGUUUUUGUUGUUCAGUAACUCUGAGACACUAGACCCAGUCUAAUGUAAAUCAACAUUUUAUUAUGCUGGCACUUGCAUAUAUUGUUGGGAAAUUCCCACCAACCUGAAUUUCAAAGUGUAUCUUAGGCAACAAACAAGCAAAACUUUUAACUGUUUU